AUGUUUCUUGUCCUCCCUUUUUUUUGUGCCCUCUUCAUCUUCUGCAGUUGCAUUAUUGCGACAGACUUACAAGCUACUUCUACAUCCUCUCAUGGAUCCUCGAUAUAUCCUCGAGCGGACAGCCUUCCAACACUGACGCUAGGCGAUGUCGGCCAGUAUGCCGUCUACACUGAAACCAAAAAGGUUGAGCCACGUUCCAUAGCCAUAUACCCAACUGGUAUUCACAGUGUGAUUCCCGAAGAGGGUAUUUUUGUAGCUUUCGGCUCAGUGGUUCAAAAGAAGAUUCCCACCACAAUCACAGAUAAAUGCAAAGACCCGAAGAAUCUUAACGAAUGUCAACGAGACAUUACUAGAAUACUGCAAGAAAGCUCACUUACUACACAUGCGAAACGAUUUCUUCCACUCAUUGCCGCAGCAACUGUUGCCGAGAUAUUGCAAGCUGCUGUAUCGGCCAUCGUUGUUGCAGUUGGGAUUGGUACAAUAGGCAUGAGCGCCUCAAAUUUGGUUCCAGCUGGGGUCAGACUCGAAAGCGGAAUAGGUGGACCUCUGGAGCAGAUCCCAGCGAUGACAGAGGCCAGUGAGAUUGCUGUUGCUACUGGAAAUGAAAACAAAAUCAUGGCUACCAUAACCGUUGAUCUUGUCCCGCCUGAAGCUACACACAAGCCCGAAGAUAGUGUACGCAUCGAGGAAGUGACGAGUGACUCAGGAGAUAACAAGAAAGGUGAUCUCCUCAUAUACGUCCCGAGGAAUUCCACGUUUAGAUUGGAAGACUUUCUUGGAAUGAUGGGUGCAGAAGGAGCAAGAAGGACCUGUGAGAAACACCAGAAAAGGAAGAAGAGACUCUAUCCGCUCCGCAGACGUAAACCCCCCACAAACGAGCUUAGUCCUGAGUGCGAAGAAAUGCUUUCUACGCUGUCAAGAACAGUGUUUGAAGCAAUGAGCCAUGAGUUGGAUGAUCUUGUCCCUGCCAGUCUUGACAACCCUCUCAAUCCAGCCAAUAAUCCUGAAGGGGCGCUAAUACCCAACAUCAUGAACGAAGGUGUUCCUGUAGUUAUCCCGCUGGUGCGAACGGGAAGAGGGGACUUCAACCGAAGAAUGGUGGUAGGCUCCUUGGCGACUACAUUCGUUAUCAACCGUGUCAUUCAGCAUACGGCCGAGAUUGUGGAUGAUCUGGUGAUCAAGUUGAGCCGCGAGGAAACGACACGGAUGAGACAAGACGAUGCACAAUGUCCUCGAGAUUUAAUUUGCCUUGAUGAAAAGUGCAAGGGGUACUUCGACGUGAAACCAACGAUCCCAAUUUUCGAGGCCGGAAAAAGGGUGCAAACUGAUACAUGCACUGUCAAAGAGGUCCGAGGAUGUGCUUGUCAAGAGGUAAUUUUUCCCAUUAGGCACAUGGUGCAAGAUGGGUACCUUGAAGGCUUGCAAGCCUGGAUCGCUGAAUUGGAUGAGUCUACGAAAGGACCACAAUGCGACUCGGAGAACAAAGUGAGCGCCGACCGCGAAACUUUCGAGAAAACGAUGGAAAGUGCCUGUCAGGAGCACAAUGAGCUAAGAAGGCGGGCGUAUAACAGAAUCUUUAAACGAGACUCUUGGGAAUGGACGAAUCAAGAUGAUACUAGCAGUUCUCUCAGUUGGAAAUUUUACUGGAACGACCAGGGGGAGAAAUGCCCUUUGAAUUGUAAAGAUAUCUUCGACAAAAUCAGAAGUAGUGGAAACUGCGUUGUUGAUCAUCAAGUCAGUCGGAAAGGGUCAAUAAGUACGGAUUGUGGAGAUGCUGGAUUUUCGGUAGAGAAGAGAAAACCAUCGCCGCCAGCAUUUCCGCCACCCCCACACCCUGAGAAACCUCUCCCGUCGGAAUGGGGUGCAUAUCUUUUGUCCAUGGUACAAGAGAUCCCGAAAAGCGGUGAGCCGAAGCUGUGGUGGGAACUGUACGCCGAUCCGGAGCAUUCAUAUGUGCAGAUUCAUGAGCCUUCAGAUAACGCAGACAUCGACGGAGCAACUUAUUUGAUUCAUAUCAUAGUUGACGAUCCACGGGACAAAGACAAAACAAGGGUUCACUUUACAAUUGCGAAGCCCGAGGACAAGAAAUAUAUCGAUGUACCUUGGGCACUUGGGCCCAAAAAGAAGGAUGGUUGGGGGAGAAUCGGAAAUAUCAACUGGUGCGCCGUUGAUGAAGACUGGAAAGACGAGAAUGAUGUUUGGAGAAGACGAAUGAGAUGUCAUUUCAUCAAGAGGUUUGAUAAAGCACAUGUAAAGUGCUGUCAUUGA